AUGGAAUAUUUACUAAAGAAUCCUAAUGUUCAUAUUCGUGAUAAAGGUGGUGUUGCUAAAAAAUUAGCUCGCAUGUCUCAUGAUGGAAGAAAUGGUUUGAUGGUUAUUUCUGACUUUGAUUUUACCUUGUCAAAAUACCAUGAUAAAGAUGGAAACAGAUGUUGGGCAACACAUGGUGUUUUUGAUAGUGGUGCAAACAAAAUUUACCCUGAUUUGACUGAAAGACUUCAACGUUUAAAAGAAAAAUAUAUAAAAAUUGAAUUUUGUCCAACAAUGACAAGUGAAGAGAAAACUCCUUAUAUGGAAACAUGGUGGAAUUCAUCACAUGAUGAAAUUUUAAAAACAAAAUUUACCUAUGAAUUAAUUGACUCAUUUGUAAAAGAAUCAAAAAUUGAACUUAGAGAUGAUUGUGUUGAUUUUGUAGAAAAUUUAGAUGCAAACAAAAUUCCUUUAAUCGUCUUUUCAGCAGGAAUUGGAAAUAUUAUUGAAAUUUUUUUUAAACAUAUAUUUGAAGAAAUACCAAAUAAUGUUCAUAUUAUUUCAAAUAUGAUGGAAUUUGAUGAAAACAAUGUAGCUUAUAAAUUUUCUGAACCUUUAAUACAUACAUUUUGCAAAAAUUCAACUGUUAUCAGAAAAGAGCAAUCAUUCUUUCACAAAGUAAACAAUAGGCAUAACAUACUUCUUCUCGGUGACUCUUUAGGAGAUUUAACAAUGGAUUCUGGUGUUGAAAAUGAAGGAAUAGCGUUAAAAAUAGGCUUUUUAAAUUUUGAUUUUCAAAAUUUACUCCCUAAAUAUAGUGAAGGUUAUGACAUUGUUAUCAUAAAUGAUCAAUCUAUGGAUGUUCCAAAUCAUAUUAUAAAUAUUAUUGAGGAACAGUCUAUAAUUUCUCUUCCAAUUAUAAAUCCAAUAAUUUCUAUCACUGAUACAUGUCAUUCUUCUGCUGAUACUACAAAUAUAACAGAUUCCGAAAAACUAAAUCAAACACCUACAAUUACAGCUUCUUCUAAUGUCUAA